AUGAAGAAGGUAGUGGUGACCGGCGCAUCCGGUUUUGUAGGCGGGAGAUUGUGCCACACCCUCCUUAAACAGGGACACUCCGUCCGCGCGUUAGUCCGCCGAACCAGCGACCUCUCCGCCCUCCCUUCGCCCUCUAAUGGUGAGACAUUCGACGUCGCCUAUGGCGACGUUACGGACUAUCGGUCGCUCCUGGAUGCUUUCUCCGGUUGCCAGGUGAUCUUCCAUGCCGCUGCCAUCGUCGAGCCCUGGCUUCCAGAUCCUUCUAAAUUCUUCUCUGUUAAUGUAGGAGGAUUAAAGAAUGUGGUGCAAGCAGCUAAAGAGACAAAAACGAUAGAGAAGGUUAUAUACACUUCUUCAAUGGUGGCCCUGGGAUCAACUGAUGGAUAUAUUGCUGAUGAGAGCCAAGUACAUCACGAGAAGUAUUUCUAUACAGAGUAUGAGAGAUCAAAGGCAGCUGCUAACAAGGUUGCUUCACAAGCAGCAGCAGAAGGAUUGCCAAUAGUGACACUUUAUCCUGGAGUUGUUUAUGGCCCUGGGAAACUCACAACUGGUAACGCAAUGGCUAAAAUGUUGAUUGAUCGAUUCACUGGACGUUUACCGGGAUAUAUAGGGUGUGGAAAUGAUAGGCUUUCCUUUUGUCAUGUUGAUGACGUAGUUGGAGGUCACAUUGCAGCAAUGGACAAAGGUCGAUUGGGUGAAAGAUAUCUACUCACAGGAGAAAAUGCAUCAUUCUCACAUGUCCUUGAUAUAGCUGCUAUCAUCACUAGAACCGAAAAGCCAAGGUUUAGCAUUCCUUUAUGGGUGAUUGAGGUUUAUGGAUGGCUAUCGAUUCUUAUUUUUCAUUUUACAGGAAAGCUUCCACUUAUAUGUCCACCGAGUGUACAUGUUCUGAGACACCAGUGGGCAUAUUCUUGCGAGAAAGCCAGAGUAGAGCUGGAUUACAAUCCUCGAAGCUUGGAAGAAGGACUAGGUGAAUUGCUUCUCUGGUUGAAGAGCUUAGGGGCGAUAACAUACUGA